AUGCUGCUGUCACACGCCGUGCUCGCGGUCGUGUAUGGCGGGCUGCUCGCCGCUGCGCUCCCGGACCGGGGAGGCAGGAGGGCGUACGCAUACGCCGACGCCGACGCGAUCGACGCCGAAUACUACUACACGCAGGAGGAUGCGAAGAUGGACCCGCGCGCCGAGCGUGGAAGCUGGGACAUGCCGCAGAGGAUCAUGGGCAUGCAGCGCCAACCUGCCCAGGAGCCGCAACAUCCCCCGGAGUUCCCUCAUCCUCCGGGUCCUCCUCAGUCGCCGUUCCCGGGCCACCCGCCGCCCGAGCACCCUGACCAUCCCCCGCCGGACCACCCUGAUGGACCGCCUCCUCGCGAUGAUCCUCCUCCCCACCACCCUGACCACCCCCCUCCUGGACAACCUGGUCCCCCUGGAGCACCUGGCAACUAUGAGAACCUGACGAUCUACCAGUUCCUGGAAAGCCGCAAGGAUUUCUCGCGCCUCUUCAAGGUAGUCAACUUCACCGAGGAGGUCACCAACACCUUGAAUGAUACCUCGUCCAAUGUCACUUUCUUCGCAAUCCCUAACUGGGCUCUUCCCCACCCGCCCAAGAAGCACCCGAAGGGGCCGGAGCACCUCGACACGGAAGGCUUCGUUCAGGAUGACGUGCUGGACGCUCUCGCAGCUGCCGAAGGCCUCGUUCAGGUCCAAGAAGGCAAGGACGACAAAGACAGGAAGGCGUUCCUCAAAGCCAUCCUCAAGGCCAUCCUCAAGUAUGAAACCUUGCCCACCGCAAUCCCUCUCUCAGAGCUCUCGAAGAACGUCACAUACGCAACCUCGCUGACGCUGUCUGACGGCUCCUUGGAUGGCGAGGCGCUGCGCAUCCGUGUCGGCUCGGGGCCUGGGCUCUUCUCGCCCCAUGUGGACGUGAAUGUCGUUUCCAGGAUUCUGUGGUCCAUCAAGACUGCGAACGGUUUGAUCCAUGUCGUCAGCAAGCCGGUCCUGCCCCCUCCGUCCAUCUUCCAGAUUGGCUUCCUGUUUCCGCAGUCAUUCUCCACUCUGACCUCUGCUCUGCAACGCACAGGUCUGAGCGAUGCCGUAGAAUGGCGCGAGGUACCUGGAUCCGACGGAAAAUACACCGUGGACGGCUCGCCCGCAGUGACGUUCUUCGCGCCCACGAACCGCGCGUUCUCUAGCCUGCCGGGGAAGCUAAAGUUCUUCCUCUUCUCGCCGCUCGGCGAGAGGGUGCUCAAGAAGCUGCUGCAGUUCCACAUUGUUCCUGAGCUCGUCCUCCAUGCCGACUACCUGCACAACGCAUCCGAGUCUGAUGCUGCUCCCGUACGUCGUGCAUGGACCGAGGAUAUGGACUGGGACAUCUUCGGCGGUCUGGCCAGCCAGGACAACCGUGACGACAUCCUAGCCCCCGCUCACGCUGCUGACGGGACUCAAUACGGGAAUAUCCGCACAGGAAAAUUCCCUGGUGCGGUACGGUGCAACUCGUGCCAGUCAAGCAGGCCGGAAGGCUUCUGGCCUGAGCCUACCGACGACCGCCGGGAGCGUCAUCGUUCCCCGCGACCUGAGGGACAGUGGCCGCAUAGCGGCCCUCCGCCCCCUCCCCACCACGGUGAGGGCCCUCACGACCCUUGGGCGCCGCGCCCUCCUCCCUUCGAGCAUGGCGGUCGCUUCCCGCACCCGCACCCGUCCCAUGAACAUGGCCCGCUUCCGCCGCCGCCGCCCCCUCCCUUCGAGCACGGCCCGCACCCCCAUCAUCACCACGGACCUCCCCCGCCUCCUUUCGAGCACGGGCCUCACCCCCACCCUCACCACCACCACGGGCCGCCGCCCCCGGAGGUUCACUACCACUACCACUUCCACCCGCCCCCGCCUCCUCCCCCUCCUCAUCACGGCCACCCGUACGAAGAAGGCCCGGGUCAUUUCCCACCUUACUUCCCCGAGCAUGGUCCUCAUUUCCCCGAGCACGGUCCCCCGCCGCCGCCUCAUCACCCUCCCUUCGAGCAUGACCCCCGUUUCCCUCCGUCUCAUUUCCCGGAGGAUGGCCCCCGCCACCUACCCUUCGAGCAUGGCCCUCCCCCCUUCGAGCAUGGUCCCCACCACCCUCCCUUCGAGCAUGGCCAUGACUUCCCGCCGCCUCCUCCUCCGCCUCACUUCCCGGAGCACGGUCCUCACCCUCCGCCGCCUCCUCCCCAUCACCCUCCCUUCGAACACGGGCAUGGUUUCCCCCCGCCUCCUCCCCCGCCUGACUUCCCCGAGGAUGGCCCUCACUUCCCUGGACACGGUCCGAGCCCGCCUCCUGCUUCUCCCCGCUACCCUCCCUUCGGGCACGGCCCCCCUCCCUUCGAGCAUGGCCCUCCUCCUUUCGAGCAUGGCCCUCCUCCCUUCGAGCACGGUCCCCACCACCCUCCCUUCGAGCACGGCCCCCCUCCCCCGCCGCACCACCCUCCCUUCGAACACCGCCCUGAAUUCCCUCCCCCGCCCCCAAGAGAUGGUCCCCACGGCGCCCCGGGCCUGCACCCGCCCACGGUCUCUUACAGCCGCAACAUCACCGUCCCGACGCUGAACAGCAACCACUCGCUGAACGUGCACGUCGUCCAGUUCGCGCACACGAUCCCCAUCCCCGGCCACGCGCGCACGUUCUACCAGACGGUCACGUUCGCGCACGGCACGCGCGUCGCGCUGUCGGACAUCCCGACGCGCAACGGCGUGCUGCACGUCGUGGACAAGCUCUUCAACCCGCGCCACAAGGGCGCGCACCCGCACAACCUCCCUGGGGCGCCGAAGGAGGGUGAGGAGGCUCCGCGCUUCGGCGACUUCGCCGGGCCCGAGGAGGAUGAGUGGGCUGGCUGGGAGGAGUGGCUGCCCCUCUGGGCGGACGAGGAGUAG